AUGAUAUUCAUCGUUCGAGGCCCGGAGGGUCAAAGACGGGUAGAGGCAGACGAGUCCAAGGCGCUUGGGCCUCAGCUGCUUGCCUUCUUUGAGGUUGACCAGAUAAGCAUAUCUCUGGCCCUGGAUGGAAAAGACAAGCUUGACAAGGCCCAGACGCCAUCCACCCUAGGGCUCAGGAAUGGCCAAGUACUGUAUGUUGAAUAUGAGAAGAAGAAGGAAACACCGAAGCAGAAGCAGGAUAGUGACAAGAGCAUAAAGAGGGAGAGGGAUAGUAUGCUGUGCCAGCACGAUUCUAAUGCGAUGUGCAGUAACUGUGCGCCUUUGGAUCCAUGGGAUGAGAAGUACUACAAGGACAACAUGAUCAAGUAUCUUAGCUUUGGAUCGUACCACGAGAUGAUGAAGAGCAAGAAGAAGGAGCUGAGUGCCGACGACUAUUCUGUCGUGGUAUGCCUAGACCACGGAUCGAACACAAAAUGCAGCAGAUGCCAGGAGAAGAACAUAAUACUGGCGCCUCAAGUGUUUAGGAUGGUCGAUCAUGUUGAGUUUGACGGGCAGCACCUGGUGGAGAACUUCAUUAGGAAUUGGAGAGAAAGCGGAAGGCAAAGGUUUGGGUUCCUUAUAGGAAAGUACAUGGAGCACGAGAUGAUUCCGCUAGGGACAAAGGCAGUUGUUUCUGGGAUAUGGGAGCCCGACCAAGAAGAUUAUCCGGAUGGGUUUGUAAUAACGGGGCCUAUAGAAGACCUUUUUACGGGGACUGGGCUUGGGAUAGUUGGGAUGAUAUACACCGACAUUUCGAUGGAAAACGGUAGUGUGACAAGCGAUAAGAUUAUCAGAGAUUACUUUUUGUCGUCUUUGGAAAUCGAGUUUAUUGCGAAGAUGCAACUCAUGCAUCCAUAUGUGCUUAAGGACGGGGGGAAUGAGAUGGAGUUUGGGUCGAGGUUUGUGACCAUAAUAGCCACUGUGGAUAAGGAUGGGAAUAUAGGCCUCCAGGAAUACCAGGUAAGCAACCAGUGCAUGGCACUUGUCAAGGGAAGCUGGAUCCUCCCAACCGAAAACCCAAAGAUGCUUCUGGCAAGAAGAGAUAUUCUCUAUAGAACAAAAGCAGAGGAAUCAAUGGUCAAGGCUGACCCGUAUCUUCCUGGGGAGUUUUUCAUAGUAAAGCUAACGCAUGGGUGCAAGACAAACCCACUCUUCAGAAGCACAGAGUUCAUUCCAAAGAAGUUUGGAGAUAGAAGAAUGGCUGAGUACUUUGGAGGAGACUUCUCGAUGGAGAAGUUCUCAAACUUCACCCUUCUGGCAAGAGUGCGGGGGAUGUUUUCCAACUGGAAAGAUCUUUUUAAAUGUGUGUGCUCGCGGGAUAGGGAUAAGUUCAAGGCGAUCUCGAAAUCCAAGGAUUUCAGAAGCUUUGUGUCCAGCAUGGAAAAGUAUAGAUGCACUGAGUGGGAAUGCAAAGCGUGUACUUUUGUCAAUGAGAGAAACACAUCUAUGUGUGAGAUGUGCAACGGAAGGAGGGACUGA